AUGGAGGGCAUGGCAUAUGGAGCUGGGAAGGCUGGAGGUGCUUUCAACCCUAUAACGUUCUUCCAGCAGCCACACACCAUCCUCCGGAUCCUCUCUUGGGUGAGUACCGUUACAGUUAUAUAGCCUAUACCUUUACCAUUACAGUAGCUUACGUGCUGCUCGUUUCAGGCUAAUAACGGCGUCGGUCCCGAACGACGGGCGUCUUUUAUGUAUGUAUGGUUGACUCAGAAUGUGCUCCUAUCGCUGGCUGCUUCCCUGUUUCUCAAUUCUCACUAUCACACCAGUGCGUGCAUGUGCACUAUAAGCAUAGAAGACCUGUAGCAGCACUGUCCAAAUAUGUUGUAGGCUAGUUGGAACCUGAAACAUGGUCGACGUUUUGGGGAUGCACGCAACAAGGCGCACGACGCAUGUGGCCUAUGAUUUUGUAGCGGUUGUAGCUAUAGAACCUAGAGAAAUGCAGCCAUAGGCACGGUGCCCAGGUGUUUUGUUGUAGUUUGUGUUUCCCCCGCUAUUCGAUCUGUUGAAUCCGAGGCGGCGUCCCAAUUGGCACCCUAUUCGCUAUGCAGUGCACUACAUUUGACCUGGGAAAUAGGGUGCCAAUGUAAAUUAACUACCUUUAUUUUUAUUUGCGAAGAAUUAAACUAACUUGGCUAUGCAUAAACGAUUCAUGCCUAUCCAUUUCUACUCCUUACUAAAUUAACUUGCAACUAGGCUACAUAUAGUCUACACAUUGUUUAUUUAUAGUGAUCCAGUGGGCCUAUAGUACAAGCAAUAAACUGUCUGGCGUAGCGGCGUUCACAGGGGUGUGUGUGUGUGUGUGUGUGUGUUUUCAGAGGGCUGUAUGUACCAUUGAAUGGUCACCUAUAGGCCACAACGAUAACAGAAGAAGAUAAAGGCCCAGUCCAUGUGUUCCACUGAUAAGAAACGGGAAAAAGGACAGAGAUAGACAGACAGAUAGACAGACAGACAGACAGACAGACAGACAGAAAGAAAAGGGAGAAGACGGGGGGAAAAAAGACCAAAAAACCAGAAAUCAACCUUUUUCCCCUUUUUUAACCCAAAACCAAAAAACCAAAAAAAAAAAUAACCAUAUCCCCUUGAGGGUUAAAAAAAAAAAUAUUUAAAGGGUUAAAAAAAUUUAAUUUGGGUUUUUGGGGGGUAGUAAAAUUUUGAAAUUUUGGGGGAAAGUUUUUGGGGGGGUUAAUUAAAAUUUAAAAAUUUUAAAAAAAAAAGGUUUUGGGGGGAAUUUUUUGGGGUAUUUCGGGCCCCCCAUUUUUAACCCUUUUAAAACGCAGUUUUUUUUGGGGGUUUUUUUUUUUAAAACCCCCCCCCCCCUACGGCCCUUUUUCCUUUCCCCUUUUUUUUUUUUUUUUUUUUUUCCCCCUUUUUUUUUUUCCUUCCUUUUUCUCCUUCUUUUUUUUUGGGGGGGGGGGGGGGGUUUUUUUUUUUUCCUGGGGGGGGGGGGGGGGGGAAAAAAAAAAAAAAAAAUUUUUGGGGGAAAAAAAAUUUUUUUUACGGGGGGGGGGCCCCCCCCCCGGGGGGUCCUUUUUUCCUCCCGGAAAUUACCCUUUCCGGGCAAAAAAUUUUUUUUUCCCUUUCCCCAAUUCCCAUUGUUUAUUAAUUUAACCAAAAAAUUACAAAAAGGGCCCUCCCCAUUAAAUCUUAUUUUUAAGGGGUAAAAAAUUUUUUUUCUAUAAAAAGGGUUUUCCCGGCCAAUAAUGGAAUGUAGAGAGGUUUUUUGGGGGGAAGUGGUUUUUAUGUUAUGAGAAAAAUUUGUAAAUUUUUGUUUUGGGUUUUAUUUGGGGUUUUAAAUUUUUUUAAAUCGCCCCCCCCCGGGUGAAAAAAAACCCUGGUUUAAUUCCUUGGUCGGGAAAAAUAAGGAAAAAUUGGGGUUCGUUUUUAAAAAGGGGGGAAGGUUGUUUCUUAACUCCUAGGGGCCCCCAAAAAAAAAAAAAAAAAAAAAACCCCCCCCCCCCCCCCCCCCCCCGGGGGGGGGGGGGGGGGGGGGGGGGGGGGGGGGGGGGGGGGGGGGGGGGGGGGGGCCCCCCCCCCGGGGGGGGGUCUUUCCUCUCCCCUCUCUCCCCCCCUCUCUCUCCCCUCUCUCUCUCUCUCUCCUUCCCCCCCCUUUCUCGUCUCUCUCUCUUCUCCUCUCUCUCCAUGGUCUCUCCCUCUCCCCUCUCUCUCCAUCUUCUCUGGCUGGUGUUGAGUUACAGUAUAUACAGGCUAAGUAGCAAUACAGUUGCAGAAUCACACAUAGGUAGCAGACAGAGAGAGAGCGAGAGAGAGACAGAGAGAGAGAGCGAAAGAGAGAGAAAGGGAAAUCUCUCAUCUAACAUCUCUCUCUCUCUUUCUUUCUCGUUCUCUCUCGUUCUCUCUUGUUUUCUUUGUCUCUCUCUACCCCCCUCUCUCCCCCUCUCUCCCUUUUCCUUUUUCGUGGGUUAAAGGAAAGUGAAGUACAAAGCAGUAUAGACCAUAGUUAGUAGUUUGAAAAUUUGGGUUUUCAGAGGUUAACAGCCUAGAAAAAAUCUUAAAGGGGUUUGGAAGUUUUUAAAAUGGGCAGGAAUCAGGAUUCUAUGGUCAGGGGCCGGUCAGUAACAAUGUGCCCCACAUUCUGACACCAUACUGCUAAACACAUUAGGCUUAAUGACUAGAAGUCAGAGUACUGUACACAAACUCACAAAAGCAUGCAUGCACGCACAACACACCACACACACACACACCACACACACAAACACACACAACCCCACACACACACACAACACACACACAAACACACACACACACACACAACCCAACAGACAAAAGUCAAUCCUUCCAGACUCUCUCUGUACUCUCUGUUUCGCUCUCUGUCUCUCUCUAUUCGCUCUCUUCUCUCCUCCUUCUCCUUCUCCUCUCUCUCUCUAUCUCUCUUCGCUCUCGCUCUCUCUCCUCUCUCCCAAUUCAAUUUUAUUGGUCUUAUUGGCACAUGGGAAACUAUGUUAACAUUGCACAAGCAAUGAAGAGAACGUGAAUCAAAACUGAAAUUUAACAUAACAUACCCUUAAACAGAAACAUUUACACUAGAAAGUCUACAAGAGAAUUAAAAGAAAUCAAAUAUUUGUAUAAUACAGGUUUGGCAAGAGGCCAUUAGGUAGGUAAAGGCGGGGUUGAAGCUGGUGAAAUGUUUAAUUAAAGAGGGGCAAAGGUAUAAAUUGGUGGUAUUAAAUGGGGUCUUCAAUGGGACUGUAGAAAAAGGGAAAAAAAGAAUAACAAAAAUCGUGGAUAGUUUUAUGAUAUCUGAUCUGUCUGGCUGCGAUAUCGAAGGACUAGAUAGUCUUGAGCUGCGUGAAAAAGAAACAAAAAAAAAAAAACAAAAAACAACACCCCAAACCGCCGAGUCCUCAGUAGCGAGAGAGCGCAAGUCCCUCUCGCCUCUCUCUCGCUCUCUUCUCUCUCUCUCUCUCUCUUCUCUAUCUCCUUCUCAUUCUAAGCCCAACACACAAAUCACAUUUACUGUCUUUCCUCUCAUAAACAGCAGUCUCUAUCAAUACAUAUACACACACACACACACACACACACACACACACACACACACACACACACACACACACCACACACACACACACACACACACACACACACACACACACACUCACACAGGCAGGCAUGCUAAUGCAGACACAUACACACGCAAAUAUAAAUUAUUCUGCCGAACGUAAAGCCUAAUUUCAAAGUGGCUCAUUGGAUGGUCACAAGAUCAGGACCCCACGUGCUGGCCUGCACAAUGCUGGCUUUGAUUUGGGCCUGGGGCCUUGACAUGAGUCGGAUACAGGACAGGGCCUGGGAGAAAACACACACCUACUGGAGAGAGAGAGAUAGAGAGAGAGAGAGAGAGAGAGAGAGCGAGAGAGAGAGAGAGGAGAGGAGAGAGAGAGAGAGAGAGAGAGAGAGAGAGAGACAUUCAGACAGACAGAGACAGAUUCAAUAGGAAACAUUCCAUGUGAUGCCAAAUAAAAUUAUGACCCAAUACCUUUUCUAACCCAAUCAGCUACUAAGUAUGAGUCCCAAAUGGCACCCUAGUCCCUAAAUAGCAUAGGGCUAUGAUCAAAAGUAGUGUACUAUAUAGGGAAUAGGAUGCCAUUUCAGACACACCCUAAGUCAUGCUAAUAAGGAACUUGUCUGUCAGCCUUGCAUUAAAGAACAUAAUUGGUUAAGGAAAACUGCGAUACAUAAAAAAGUAUAUCAGUUUCAUUUAAGGACCAAAGGAUUGACAGCCGUCCCAUAUAGAUUGUAAAAUAGUUGGGAAGCGAUUUUUGACGUACCGAUCCCAUGGCAAAGUGUUUAUGAACUGAUACGCAAAACGACACCGGAUUCAAACUUAGAAUCUUUCAAUUUAAAUUAUUAUAUACAAUUCUUGCUACCAAUAUAAUGUUGUUUAUAUGGGGGAUACAAUCGUCCCAGCUCUGCAGAUUUUGCUGCGAAGAGACAGAAUCAUUAGAUCAUUUGUUUUGGUACUGUCCAUUUGUAGCUUGUUUUUGGACACAGGUCCAGGAAUGGAUAAAGGAUUGCAAUAUUUACCUGGAGCUAACCCUGCAGAUAGCAUUACUGGGUGAUCUGAAAAGUCAUAGUCAAUCGAUCAAUAACAAAAUAAUACUUUUAGCAAAAAUGUUUAUUUUCAAUUCACAAUCUGUAGAAACAAUGAGAAUAGAAAGGUUCAGAACUUUUGUAAGACAUCACAGUACAGUUGAAAUAUAUAUGGCAAAUAGAAAUCCUAUAUGGAUGGUGUUAAAAGAUAGAUGGGAGGUGUUGAAUGGAAUGUGUCCAUAAUAAGUAUAUAGGUUGUAGGUUGGGAGCUUUUGUGAAAGAGCACAGUUUGCAUAUAGAAGCAAACCGGAUGGACAUCAUGAAAAUGAUCGGAGAGGUUGAGAGUAGAGGAAGUUCAUAAGAAAAAACGAACAAAAUAUAAUUAUUGUAAAAUUGACCGUGUCCAUAAAAUGUAGAUAGUGGGUAUGGGCUGGAAGUAGAGGCCUAAGCAUUGUUGUUCACUAGUUUACUCCAAGUAGGGAAAGGGUGGUGGGGUUGGAAAGUAAUAAAGGGGAAUAUAUAUUUUUUUAUUAAAAUGGUAUGUGUAUGUAUGUGUGUAUGUAUGUGUGUGUGUGUGUAUAUGUGUGUAUGUAUGUGUAUACGAAGCACACACACACAUACGCACAUACACACAUACACAUACGCACACACACAUACACUUCCAAUCCCCCAUGUUUUUUAUAUACACAUACACAUAAAAAACAUGGGGUAUUGGAGGUGAUGCAGACAAUUACAUUGAUGGAAGUUACAAUCUAUCUGCAAUAUUCAAGCUGAUCUACCCCCCCCCCCCCCCCCCCCCCCCCCCCCAAAAAAAAGAAAACAAAAAACAAAAAAAGUCAUGCUAAUCAUUACUUCAUUUGGCUGUCGGUCUGAAAUGCAGUGGUGAGUGUGUGUGUGUGUAAAAGAGAUCACUAAGUCCCAAGGGGGACGUUGAUUCCCAAAGCAUUAUGGGGGAUUUACUGGGGGAAACACCAGGGGUUUUUAAUAUAGACAGUGAACGGUCCAAUUAAUAGGGAACUCCCCUAUAUACACACACACACACACACUCCGAUUUGAGUCUUCAUGUGGAAAGAUAUGCUUCCUUUCAGCUCCAAUGCAGGUGUAAUAUUCAAAUAAGGCUUCAAAAACCACUCUACCAAAAAUCUUAUUCAAAAUCUGAGAGCAUCUAAACUGUACAAGUAUGCAUGAACACCUUUCGUGUGUGUGUGUGUGUUUGGCCUACUUUGACAUUAGAAUGCUAGACAAUGAUUGGAAUGAGGUGUGUGUCCGUGUGUGUGCGUGUGUGUGCGUAUGUGUGUGUGUGCUUCGUUUCUCAAGAGGCCCUAGGGGAGAUGAGAGAGCAGUAGCAUUUAGCGAAGGAACAAGGGAGAGACCGCAGAGGAAGAGAGAGAAAGGAAACGAGGGAUCGAGGGAGAGACUGGAGAGGAAGAGAGAGAGGGAACGAGGGAGAGACUGGAUGGGAAGACAGGGAACGAGGGAACGAGGGAGAGGAAGAAGAGAAAGAGAGAAAAAGAGAGAGGGAACGAGGGAGAGACUGGAGAGGAAGAGAGAGAGGGAACGAGGGAAAGACUGGAGAGGAAGAGAGAGAAAGAGAGAGGGAAUGAGGGAGAGACUGGAGAGGAAGAGAGAGAAAGAGAGAAAGGGUACGAGGGAGAGACUGGAGAGGAAGAAGAGUGAAGCAGUGGCUCUAUAAAUACCCCUCCAUCCAUCCCUCUCUUCCUCUGGCCCUUCCACUCCUCCCUCCAUCUGUUCUUCCACUCCUCCUCUCUGACUGGGCACUAAUGAGGGUGGGGGCAUCUAUCCCUCCCUCCCUCUAUCCAUCCCUCUCUCCAUCUCUCUCUUUCUCCACAGACCACUUCAAUUAGAUGAGGGCUAAAGAGGGACCAGUGCUAAAGAUAGAAGAAAAUAGAGGCAGCCAGAACAGGAAAGGGGGGAGAAAAAUGGUUGGAGAUAUAAACAAGAGAUGCUUACUCUUUUCUCUCAGUGGUAUAGUUAGAGAUGACCUUUUCUCUCAGUGGUAUAGAUAGAUAGGACCUUUUCUCUCAGUGGUAUGGAUAGAUAGGACCUUUUCUCUCAGUGGUUUAGAUAGAUGGGACCUUUUCUCUCAGUGGUUUAGAUAGAUAGGACCUUUUCUCUCAGUGGUUUAGAUAGAUAGGACCUUUUCUCUCAGUGGUUUAGAUAGAUAGGACCUUUUCUCUCAGUGGUAUAGUUAGAUAGGACAUUUUCUCUCAGUGGUUUAGAUAGAUAGGACCUUUUCUCUCAGUGGUUUAGAUAGAUAGGACCGUUUCUCUCAGUUGUAUAGUUAGAUAGGACCUUUUCUCUCAGUGGUUUAGAUAGAUAGGACCUUUUCUCUCAGUGGUUUAGAUAGAUAGGACCCUUUCUCUCAGUGGUUUAGAUAGAUAGGACCUUUUCUCCCAGUGGUUUAGAUAGAUAGGACCUUUUCUCUCAGUGGUAUGGAUAGAUAGGGCAUUUUCUCUCAGUGGUUUAGAUAGAUAGGACCUUUUCUCUCAGUGGUUUAGAUAGAUAGGACCCCUUCUCUCAGUGGUUUAGAUAGAUAGGACCUUUUCUCUCAGUGGUAUGGAUAGAUAGGACCUUUUCUCUCAGUGGUAUGGAUAGAUAGGGCAUUUUCUCUCAGUGGUUUAGAUAGAUAGGACCUUUUCUCUCAGUGGUUUAGAUAGAUAGGACCCCUUCUCUCAGUGGUUUAGAUAGAUAGGGCCUUUUCUCUCAGUGGUUUAGAUAGAUAGGGCCUUUUCUCUCAGUGGUAUGGAUAGAUAGGGCAUUUUCUCUCAGUGGUUUAGAUAGAUAGGACCUUUUCUCUCAGUGGUUUAGAUAGAUAGGACCCCUUCUCUCAGUGGUUUAGAUAGAUAGGGCCUUUUCUCUCAGUGGUUUAGAUAGAUAGGGCCUUUUCUCUCAGUGGUAUGGAUAGAUAGGACCUUUUCUCUCAGUGGUUUAGAUAGAUAGGGCCUUUUCUCUCAGUGGUUUAGAUAGAUAGGACCUUUUCUCUCAGUGGUAUGGAUAGAUAGGGCCUUUUCUCUUAGGGCAAUUCAUAAUAUUAUAUAAUAAUAAUAUAUAAUUCCAUUGACAUCAAUAAACAACUAAGUGAACAUUUGACUUAAGUGAAAUAUAGGAUUAGUCCCUUAGUAGAAAUAGCUUGAGCCCUAUAUUCUGCCAGUGUUUAUACUGUAGUGAAGUACUGUAGGUAUAUUCUGGCAGUGUUUAUACUGUAGUGAAGUACUGUAGGUAUAUUCUGGCAGUGUUUAUACUGUAGUGAAGUACUGUAGGUAUAUUCUGCCAGUGUUUAUACUGUAGUGAAGUACUGUAGGUAUAUUCUGCCAGUGUUUGUACUGUAGUGAAGUACUGUAGGUAUAUUCUUCCAGUGUUUAUACUGUAGUGAAGUACUGUAGGUAUAUUCUGCCAGUGUUUAUACUGUAGUGAAGUACUGUAGGUAUAUUCUGCCAGUGUUUAUGCUGUAGUGAAGUACUGUAGGUAUAUUCUGCCUGUCACGCUCGUCGUAAUCAGUGGACCAAGGCGCAGCGUGAUAUGCGUACAUCUUUUAAUGCGUACUUUGCACACUACAACAAAACAACAAAACGAAACGUGAAGUCCUCGAUCAUACAACACAAACCUAAACGGAACAAGAUCCCACAAAAGACAAGUGCACAACAGGCUGCCGCUGUCUCUAAUUGGGAACCACCCCGGCCAACAUAGAAACACAUAAACUAGAACAAGAACAUAGAAAACGAAACAUAGAACCUAACACCCAGAAACUAUCACAUAGAAACUAACACCCUGGCUCAACAUAUAAAAGUCUCCAGAGCCAGGGUGUGACAGUACCCCCCACCCCAAAGGCGCGGACUGCGACCGCGCCAACUAAACCCAACAGGGGAGGGGCCGGGUGGGCAUUCCGCCUCGGAGGCAGAUCCGGCUCUGGGCGUGACCACCACCCUCUAACUAACCCCCACGUAGCGCCCCUGGUCUGGUCUGGCCCCGCUGGCUGGAGCUGGACUGGACAUCGGUGGAGCGGAUUGCUUAGGCUCCGGUGUGGAGCAGCUGACCAGUACCUGACCAUGCACCGGUGAAACAGGCACAGGCUGUGCUGGACUGACGACGCGCACCACUGGCUUGGUGCGGGGAGCAGGAAUGGGCCGGACCGGGCUGACGACGCGCACCACUGGCUUGGUGCGGGGAGCAGGAACGGGCCAGACCAGGCUGACGACGCGCACCACUGGCUUGGUGCGGGGAGCAGGAACAGGCCGGACCGGGGUGACGACGCGCACCACUGGCUUGGUGCGGGGAGCAGGAACGGGCCAGACCGGGCUGACGACGCGCACCACAGGCUUGGUGCGGGGAGCAGGAACAGUCCGGACCGGGCUGGCGACGCGCACCACUGGCUUGGUGCGAGGGGCAGGAACAGGCCGGACCGGGCUGGCGACGCGCACCACUGGCUUGGUGCGAGGGGGAGGAACAGGCCGGGCCGGGCUGGCGACGCGCACCACAGACUUGGUGCGAGGGGGAGGAACAGGCCGGGCCGGGCUGGCGACACGCACCACAGGCUUGGUGCGAGGGGCAAGAACAGGCCGGGCCGGACUGGGAACACGCACCACUAACUUAGUGCGGGGAGCAGGAACGGGUUGGGCCGUACUGGGAACACGCACCACUAACUUAGUGUGGGGAGCAGGAACGGGUUGGGCCGGACUGGGAACACGCACAACUAACUUAGUGCGGGGAGCAGGAACGGGUUGGGCCAUACUGGGAACACGCACCACUAACUUAGUGCGGGGAGCAGGAACGGGUUGGGCCGUACUGGGAACACGCACCACUAACUUAGUGUGGGGAGCGGGAACGGGUCGGGCCGGACUGGGAACACGCACCACUAACUUAGUGCGGGGAGCAGGAACGGGUUGGGCCGUACUGGGAACACGCACCACUAACUUAGUGCGGGGAGCAGGAAUGGGCCUGACCGUACUGGGAACACACAUCACUGGCCUUGUGCGGGAAUCAGGAACGGGCCGGACCGGACUGGUGACACACACCACUUGCUUGGUGCGAGGAGCGGGAGUGGGUUUCCUCAUAAACCUCCGCUCCCUCUGCUGCCUACUCAGUUCCUCUCGCCGUGCCUCCACACUCUCCUUCUCCCUCCUGACCAAUGGCCCCCGUAACCUGGUGGCCUCCUCUCCUAGUCCACAAACUCGCCCUGUAGCUGCCUCCAGCAGCCCCGUCGUCCAUGCCGUGUGCCCCCCCCAAAAAAUGUAUUGGGGUUUCCUCUCGCCUGUCCGACGACGACACUGUUGGCGCCGUACCUCCUCUCUCGCCAGGGCUUUAACUUUAGCCCAUGGCCUUUUGCCCGUGAACAUGUUCUCCCAGGACCACCAUUGGCCCACCUGGGCCAUCGCCAACCUCUCCAGCUCCUUACCCGGCGUUUGCUCCUGCACACGCUGCUUGGUCCUUGUAUGGUGGGAUCUUCUGUCACGCUCGUCGUAAUCAGUGGACCAAGGCGCAGCGUGAUAUGCGUACAUCUUUUAAUGCGUACUUUGCACACUACAACAAAACAACAAAACGAAACGUGAAGUCCUCGGUCAUACAACACAAACCUAAACGGAACAAGAUCCCACAAAAGACAAGUGCACAACAGGCUGCCUAAGUAUGGAUCCCAAUCAGAGACAACGAGCCACCGCUGUCUCUAAUUGGGAACCACCCCGGCCAACAUAGAAACACAUAAACUAGAACAAGAACAUAGAAAACGAAACAUAGAACCUAACACCCAGAAACUAACACAUAGAAACUAACACCCUGGCUCAACAUAUAAAAGUCCCCAGAGCCAGGGCGUGACACUGCCAGUGUUUAUACUGUAGUGAAGUACUGUAGGUAUAUUCUGCCAGUGUUUAUACUGUAGUGAAGUACUGUAGGUAUAUUCUGCCAGUGUUUAUACUGUAGUGAAGUACUGUAGGUAUAUUCUGCCAGUGCUUAUACUGUAGUGAAGUACUGUAGGUAUAUUCUGCCAGUGUUUAUACUGUAGUGAAGUACUGUAGGUAUAUUCUGCCAGUGUUUAUACUGUAGUGAAGUACUGUAUGUAUAUUCUCUCUGUGUGUUUCACUAGAGAUAGUGUAUGUAUAGUAGGUGUAGGUAUAGUCUAUUCUCUUGGUGUGUAUGGCUGACACUCAACAUAGACACACGCACACAAACACACACACACAUACACAAACACACACACACAUGUAUGCAAGACUGCAAGUAUAAUGAGUGUGUGUGUUUGCGCGCACUGGUAUUUCAUAUAUAACUACUAUAUUAUUAUAUUGUUAUAAAAUGCGUUAUUACAGACCUCAGAUGAAAUUCAUUUAAAUUAAAAUAUUAAUUUCUCACUUAUCUAAUCAUCUUUCUUCCUUAAUCCUUCCCUCUACCCUCCUCGCCCAUCCCUCCUUCCUCUCCCUCUCUCCCUCCCCUCCUUCCUCUCCCUCUCCCCUCCCUCCCUCCCUCCCUCCCUCCCUCCCUCCCUCCCUCCCUCCCUCCCUCCCUCCCUCUCUCUGUCCUAUCCUUCUCUCUCUCCAGUUCUUCUCCAUUGUGAUCUUUGGUUCUAUAGCCAACGAGGGUUACGUGAACCGACCAAAUGAGGCCCAGGAGUUCUGUAUCUUCAACAGGUGAGACACACACACACACACACACACACUCGACUGAUCUCUUUGCCAUUUUAUAUGUAUAUCUCAUCUGUUAUGGCUGUUAUUACUUUACUGUUGCUUUACUAUUUUAUUGCUGUUGCACUACACAAUACAGAUAUUGACUGAUUGAUUGAUUGAUUGACAGGAACCAGAAUGCGUGUAACUAUGGACUGUUCAUGGGAAUCCUGGCCUUUCUCUGCUGUCUGGCCUUCCUGGCCCUGGAUGUCUACUUCCCACAGAUCAGCUCCGUCAAGGACCGCAAGAAGGCUGUACUGGCAGACGUAGGGGUUUCAGGUGAAUGGAGAGGGGGAGAAUGGAGGAGAGGGAUGGGGGAAGUGAUGGGGAAGUGAGAAAAGGAGAGUGAAGCGGGAUCAGUAGUGUGAAAGACAAAGAAAACUGUGCUGGCAGUGGUGUCAGGUUAGAAAGAGAGAGAGCGAGAGAGAGAGAGAGAGAGAGAGAGAGAGAGAGAGAGAGAGAGAGAGGAGAAUGGAGGAGGUGUAUGGAGAGGGAGUAAAGGAGAGAUGAGCAAGAGGGUGGAUGAGAGAGGGGAGAGAGGGGAUAGAUAUGUGUUGAGGGAGAGGAGAGAAGGGAGGGAUGUGGAAGAGGGUGGGUAAUGUCUGUGUCCUACCUGCUCAAUUCAUGAGAAGGAGAUUAACAACAACAGAAAACAGAAACCAACAUGGUCUAUCUACAGGUUUUCUACUACUGGUUGUCUAUUGUUGCUGUCAGUUCCAGUGAUAGGGAAGUACGAUAAUAGAGCUAGAGAAAGACACAUCUAUUACAAGCCUAUUAGACUGUGUGUGACAGGGGUUCAGCCUUCUGAGGUGGAUGUAGUUACCGUAGGAACAGGUUGCUGAGUGACAAGAGGGUAUGACAUGGUCACCGAGUGUUGAGUUGGAUAAUGAGCCUGCUUCUUUAUUUCAAAUCAAAUCAAAGUUUAUUGGUCGCUUACACAGAUUUGCAGAUGAUAUCUCUCUCUCUCUCUCUCUCUCUCUCUCUCUCUCUCUCUCUCUCUCUCUCUCUUCUCUCGCUGUCUCCUCUAUCUCUUCUCGAUCUCUCUCUCUCUCUCGUCUCUCUCUCUCUCUCUCUCUCUCUCUCUCUCUCUCUCUCUCUCUCUCUCUCUCUCUCUCUCUCUCUCUCUCUCUCUCUCUCUCUCUCUCUCUCUCUCUCUCUCUCUGUCUCUUUCUCUCUCCAUCUCUCUCUCUCUCACCAUCUCUCUCUCUGUCUUUCUUUCUCGCUAACAUUCGAUGUAACCUUUCUAACUUCUGUUUUCUCCCUCUCUCCCUUUCCUUCCUUGCUGCUCCCUCCAUCCUCGUUUUGUCCCUACCUCCCCUACUCUCUCCCUCCUCUCCCCCCUCUCUCUACUCCCAUUCAUCCUCCUCCCUCUCUCUCUCCUUUCAUCCCCUCUCCCUUCCUUUCCUCCCUCUCCCCCUCCUCCUUUACAUCGCUCUCACUCCUCUCUUUCCCUCUCUCUCUCUCUCUCUCUCUCUCUCUCUCUCUCUCUCUCUCUCUCUCUCUCUCUCUCUCUCUCUCCCUCUCUCUCUCUCUCUCUCUCUCUCUCUCCCUGUAGUGUUCUGGUCCUUCAUGUGGUUUGUGGGGUUCUGUUUCCUGGCCAACCAAUGGCAGGUGGCGAAGCAGGAGGACAACCCCCUGAGGGAGGGAGGGGAUGCCGCUCGCGCUGCUAUCACCUUCGCCUUCUUCUCCAUAUUCACCUGGGUAUGAGACACUUUACUCCUUUAUUUUCACUAUCACUUCAUCCCUGUUUUCAUUUUAUGGUACAUCCGCGGAAUACAGUAACUUCAGUGAACAUUUUAAAAAGAACAGCCACCAAUGUAACUAGACAUAUCAAUAUAGGACCUUCCUCAUUUAGCAGACACCUCUAUCCAGAGCAACUUAUAAAACUGUCAACACUGAAACAUAUUUUUACUACAUGGUCCACGUGGGAAUGGAACCCACAAAACUGUUGGUGCCAGCACCAUGCUCAAGCCACUGAGCCACCGGGACCAACCAACACCUCUGCCAUGCCCAUUGAUCCCAAUGUCCUACCUGGUCUCUCUCCUCAGGGUGGGCUGGCUCUCUUCUCUAUGGAGAGGCUUAAGAGUCUGUCCUUUGAAGAGGAAUACCAUAAACUGUUCACCCCUCAGCCCUCUAUCCUACUGAUAUAAUGUGUUCUUCUAAUAACCUUCUAUCGCUCUUUGCUUUUAAAGCUGCAGUCCGUAAUUAUACUGUUCACCCCUCAGCCCCCUAUCCUACUAUUAUAAUGUGUUCUUCUCCCCUGCCCUUAAAGUUGCAGACCGCGAUUGAAACUUUCCACCCCCUUCCACCCAUCCCACUAAUAUAAGAUAAUGUGUUGUUCUAGUAGGAAACCUCUAUCUCCAAUCCCUCUGCAGCUAACCUCUUAUUGCUUCUAGUCAGACUCUGCUGUGACUGAAAUGUCUCUAUCAAUACAUACACACAUACACAUACACACACACACACACACACACACACACACACACACACACACACACACACACAAACACACACACACAGCGUAGGCAGGCAUUUACUAUAGGCUACCUCCACCAUUUUGUGAAAGGCUGGUAAAUUACUUUGAUGGCUUUAUAGCUCAAAAGCCUUUCAAAUGCUUUAGCUAUCCAAUAAAUAUACACAUUUAGUGAAAACACAUUUUAUCACAUUUACUGCAUAUCUUCUUCUGCUCUUGGCUUUUUUAUCUGAAGAGUGUGAAUGAUUGUUUGUUUUUACCAAACUAAAAAACUGUUCAAUGUGAAUGGCUAAACAACUGCUUUGAUAACUAACUGACCCAGACUGACUCAAGGCCUGUGUCUAAAAGGGCAUCCUAUUCCCUAUAUAGUGCACUACUUCUGAACAGAGCUAUAAAGGGAAUAGGGUGUCAUUUGGGACUCAAUCGAACAAUCUAAUAAAGAUUUAACCUAGCUUUCCAGCUGACUAAUUCAAUUCACUUCCUUUUCUUUCUUACUUUCUUUCUUUCUUUCUUUCUUUCUUUCUUUCUUUCUUUCUUUCUUUCUUUCUUUCUUUCUUUCUUUCUUUCUUUCUUUCUUUCUUUCUUUCUUUCUUUCUUUCUUUCUUUCUUUCUUUCUUUCUCCCUUUCUAACCUAAUCCACAAAUGCUCCUGCUUUCAUGCAUUUGUUUAUCAUCUCUUGCACCUCUACCUAACCACACCCCAUCCACCACAAACCUCCACCUCCACCCGCUAUGAUACCCAUCCACCGUUCAACUACCCCUUCAAAACCUCCCUUCCGAACCUACCCCCUCCUCUCCACUUUACCCCCUAACCUCCAUCCCCCACUUCUUCUUCACCCUCCUCCCUUCCAUUUCCCUUCACCUCACCCCCAACCUACACCCCUCUACCUCCCCACCUCCUUCCCUCUUCACCUCACCCCACAACCCCAACAUUGGCCUCCCACACUACCCUCUUCACUCACCUCCCUCCCCAAGGCAGCCCAGUCCUUCUUCGGCUACCAGAGGUACAAGCUGGGGGCAGACUCUGCUCUCUUCUCCCAGGACUACAUAGACCCCAGCCUGGAUGCUGGGGCGGCCGGGGAUCCCUACACCUCCUUCACGGCCGGGGGGGAUGACCUGGAAGACGGAGACCCUGUGGGGGGGUCCUCCUAUCAGGGGAUUAACGGCAAGGGGGGCGGGGGGUACCAGGAGUACUGA